AUGUCAUUGCGACGUGAUACCUGGUUCGAUUCAAAUAUAGUGAUUACAUUUACUCUUCGUUAACGCGAGUGUCUUCAUUUUCAAUUACUAGUGUUUUUAAAAGUUUAGUAAAUCUUUACUUUCUUUUAAGAAAAAAAGUCAGUACAUUGUAUAGUUGAUUUCGUGUACUUUUCAACUUUAAAAAAAAUUGACAGAUCUUAUUCAGCUUUAAAUAUUCUACAUUAAUAAUUUUUGUAGUUGCUGAAAAUUCGAACAAGAACCUACUGCUAAGAGGAGGAAGGUAAAUAAGAUUCAGCAACGUGAAAAACGCGAGCUGAAACGAAAGUCAUGUUUCAUCCAAGACGAAAGAGGACACCACGAUUAUGUGGUUACUCAACACGUCAUUUCAGACGAAUUAUUAAUAAUGAAGUAGUAGAUGAUAAACAGUUACCUGGAAGUUCGCAGUUUAGUGGUACCGAUUCUGAAAGUGAUAUUGAAAAAUCAUCAGCCCGUGUUUCAACACCAGACACUAUUAAAAGUGUCAACAAGAAUUUUGAAAUAAUUGAAAGCGGACAAUUAAAAAACGUCCAUGAUAAUUUUGAUGAGGAGACAACGCAGACGUUUGUUACUUCUACAAGUAAUUCAGAAAUAUCUUUUGAUUUAUUAAGGAAUGAAAUAAUUGUGGAAGAUCAAAACGAUUUCAGGAUGGAUUGUUCUGACUCUGAUUUGCAAUAUUGGGAUACUGAAGAAGAAGAAUAUUUACAUUCUGAUGCCAGUAUUGAGAGCACUUCAUUAGACGAUUCUUUCGGUGAGGAAAAUAAUGAUAGUGAUGAAAUAUUUAGAGUUGAAGAAACAAUUGUUCAUGUACUUGAUGAAAAUGAUGAUUUGAAUGAUACUGACGAUGAUGAUAUUGAUAAUCAAGACAGUUCUAACCCACGAAACAUUUUUCUAAGGAAAUUACGGGAUUGGGCUUUGUUUUUUCACAUUAGUCUUAUGGCACUUUCUGCUUUAUUAUUACUCUUGCAACCUUUUAUAAACUUUCCGUUGCCAGUAGAUGCAAGAACUUUGUUGAGAACAGUAAAACAAGUUAAAAUUUCCAAAAUGAAUGAUGGCGAGUAUCACCACUUUGGUUUAGACAGAGCAGUAAAAGGAAUUAUUCGGGAGUUUAAUAAACAAGGUCAAUCAAUCAAAAAAGUAGAAUUAAUGAUUAAUAUUGAUGGUUUACCAAUCUCCAAGUCUGGAACUGAAAGCCUCUGGUUGAUUCUUUGUUCCGAACUUAACGGUGAUGUAGUAUAUCCUGUUGGUGCCUUUUAUGGAAAAAAGAAACCGGAUGAUGCAAAUGAGUUUUUGAAACAAUUUGUUGACGAAUUGUCUUAUUUAUGCAACAAUGGCUUUGAAGAAUCGAAUGUACGUAUUUCAUGUGCAGCAAUUAUUUGUGAUGCUCCAGCCAAGUCUUUCGCUUUCAAUCUCAAGGGACACACUGGCUAUGAUAGUUGCUCAAAAUGUGUUAUAACUGGUGAAUACAUUAAACGAACAACAAAACGCAAAAAUGGAAAGAAAAAUAAGAACCAACGGAAAAACAAGGGCACAGUAUGCUUUCCCGGAACUAAACCUUUUGCAGUUAAAACUGAUGAAGGCUUUGCAAGAGGUGAUUAUGAAGAGUUUGACACCGGGAGGGAAACAAUUUUACAAUCCAUUCCAAAUUUUGGUUGUAUUUCAAAUGUUCCGUUAGACUAUAUGCAUUUAGUUUUAUUAGGUGUGAUGAAAAAACUUAUUAAAUUGUGGAUUACUGGUCCAUUGAAAAUUCGAUUAAGUGCAGUAGAUGUUGGAAGAAUAGAUAAAAGAAUGCGUACUCUUCGUUACAAUAUACCAACUGAAUUUUCAAGAAAACCUAGAUCAAUGUUAUUAUACCGUUUUUGGAAGGCAACAGAAUUCCGUACAUUUCUAUUGUACGCGGGGCCUGUUGCUCUACAAGGUAUUGUUUCUUCUGAAAUAUUUGAUAAUUUCAUACUUUUACAUACUGCAAUUUCAGUUUUAGUUGAUGAGCUUCUUCUUCAAAAUUCGACAAAUAUUGAUGCAUGUCACGAUAUGUUCAUAGAAUUUGUGAACGGAUUUGAAAAAAUAUACGGCAAAGAGUACGUUUCUCAUAACGUUCAUAAUUUAUUGCAUAUCUGCCCUGACGUAAAAAAGUACGGACGCCUUGACAAAUACAGUUCAUUCAGAUUUGAAAACUAUAUGUCCACAAUAAAGAGGAUGAUAAGAAAGGGGGAGAAACCUCUUCAACAAAUUGCUAAAAGAUAUUCUGAACGUGAAGCUGCACAAAACAACUCGGAAAUAAUUGAAAAAAUUGAAAUAAAGGAUGUUCAUAGUACAGGACCAGUAACAAAAGAUUGCACUAAUAUAAAACACCAGUUUAAGAGAUUGGAAUGCAAAUCAUUUAAAAUUAAUUGUCGUGAAUCUAAAAACAGUUUUGUCAUUUUAAAAGACGGAAGAUUUGGCCAAGUACUAAAUAUUGUAGAAUGUGACGAUGACAUUCUAUUAGUUAUUAAAAAUAUUGUCUCUAUUGAAAAAUUAUACGACAAUCCAGAUUCUCGAUAUAUUAAUAUUCAUAUUGGAAAUUUUUCAAGAGAUGGUUACUGCACAAUUUCAUUCAAGAACAUAUUAUCCAAAAUGUGGAGAAUACCUUCCAAAAGAGGAAUAAUCAUGCUUCCUUUAAAACAUUCUUGAUGAUCCUUCUCUAUUGAAGAAGUAUAAGAUAAUUUCCUAAUAAUUUAAAAAAAAAUAAAUUCACUUUUUUAAAAAUUGAACAUAUAUUUUAUGUAUAUAUUUCGUUAAAACUUAAAUCUAAUAAUAGAUGAAUUUGUAUGAAUAUAAGUUAUUUUUCUUAAUAAUCAAAGUGAAUUUAAAACAUA